AGUGUGAGAUUCAGUAUCACUAUCACCAACCAACCAACAGUGUUUUAAACUGUUAAUUAUCCAAUUCCAUCUGGUAGCGGGACUUUCAGUUCCUCACAAAGUUCAGUUACCGAUGGAACAACCACCGACAUCCUCUUCCAUCGCCACCACAUCUUCAAAGCCACGAAGCUACUGGCGAUGGAGCAAACAAGAUUUCUUCCCUGAACCAUCUUUCCAAACCGGAAAAACUUACCGAGACGCUUUAGCAAAUACUUGUCCACGCCUCAAGGACCGCCUUCUCAACCGAUCAACAGACUCUCACGAACUCCUCGUUCUUCCAAAAGCCAGCGAGAAUCGCAUGGCUCGUUGCCUCACAUGGUGGGACUUAACCUGGCUCGCUUUCGGCGCCGUCGUCGGUUCUGGCAUCUUCGUCGUCACCGGUCAAGAAGCUCGUUUACAUGCUGGUCCCGCCAUUGUUCUCUCCUACGCUGCAUCUGGCUUCUCUGCUCUUCUCUCCGCUUUCAUCUAUGCCGAAUUCGCUGUCGAAGUUCCUGUUGCUGGUGGUUCGUUUUCCUUCCUAAGAAUCGAACUCGGCGACUUCCUUGCUUUCAUCGCCGCCGGUAACAUCCUCCUUGAAGCUCUCGUUGGCGCUGCUGGUCUCGGUCGUUCGUGGUCUUCCUACUUCGCUACAAUGAUAAAAAACGAUUCGGAUUAUUUCCGGAUCCGAAUUGACUCUUUCAAAACCGGUUUCAACUUACUCGAUCCGUUAGCGGUUGCGGUUCUGUUAAUCGCUAACGGAAUCGCGGCUAGUGGAACUCGAAAAACCUCUAUCUUAACAUGGAUAAGUUCAAUUGUCACAACUUUUAUAAUCGGUUUUAUCAUAAUAAUCGGUUUUGUUCACGGAAAUUCGUCAAACUUAACGAAUUUUUUCCCGUACGGUGCUAAAGGUGUUUUUAACGCCGCUGCUGUUGUGUAUUGGUCUUACACAGGUUUUGAUAUGGUUGCAACUAUGGCUGAAGAAACCAAAAACCCUUCUAGAGAUAUACCAAUUGGUUUAAUUGGUUCAAUGUCAAUGAUUACAGUUAUUUAUUGUUUAAUGGCUUUGGCACUUGUGUCAAUGGUUAAUUACACUCAGAUUGAUCCUGAAGCUGCAUAUUCAGUUGCUUUUGUUCAAAUUGGUAUGAAAUGGGGUAAAUAUUUAGUGAGUAUUUGUGCUUUGAAAGGAAUGACAACAAGUUUGCUUGUUGGGUCAAUGGGACAAGCUAGGUACACAACUCAAAUUGCAAGAUCACAUAUGAUUCCACCUUUUUUUGCACUUGUUCAUCCCAAGACUGGAACACCAAUUAAUGCUACACUUUUGACAACUUUAUCAAGUUGUGUUGUUGCUCUAUUUACUAGUUUGGAUGUUUUGUCUAGUGUUUUUUCUGUAAGUACUCUUUUCAUAUUUAUGCUUAUGGCUGUUGCAUUGCUUGUGAGGAGAUAUUAUGUGAGGGAAGCAACUGAUAAGAGUGAUUUAUGGAAGCUUCUUUCAUGUUUGUUUGUUGUUAUUGGUUCUUGUGUUGUUGGGGCUGUGCUAUGGAACUCGGGUUUGUUUGGUUGGAUUGGGUAUACGGUCGCUGCUUGUGUUUGGUUUUUGGCGACUCUGGUGAUGAGUUUGCUUCCGAUGAAGAGGCAACCGAAGGUUUGGGGUGUUCCGUUGGUUCCGUGGGUGCCUUCUUUGUCGAUUGCGACGAACCUUUUUCUGAUGGGAUCAUUAGGUUCUGAGGCUUUCUUUAGGUUCUUGAUUUGUACUGGUGUGAUGCUUUUGUAUUAUUUAUUUGUGGGUGUUCAUGCUACUUAUGAUGUGGAUCAUGGAAUUGGUCAACAAUCAAAUCAAGAUGAGAGAAUGGAAGCUGCCAAUUGAAGAUUCUUUUAUGUUGUGUUAGGAAUAUUUUAGCCUUAUUUGUUGUGGAAUCAAGCUUUAAAGUAUUUCUGGUAAUUGGAAAAUAUCUCUAUGAAGUGAUGGCCAAAUGUGAAUCACAACUUAACAUUUGUGUAGUUUUUUCUUUUUUUUACGUUACCAUUUGUGUAGUUAUUAGAUUUGAUGUGAUGAAAGAAAUAUUUCUUUGAGGCC